AUGUCUACUACCCCGGAUGAGACGCCAGAUGAACAGCUGUCUGAAGAAUAUCUCAUAACCCAUCUAUCCCACCGCCCUCCUCACCAGCUGGCAGGAAGGAUCUCCGUCUCGGAUCCGCCAAAGCUUUCAACUCUUCCUCCUCAUUCUGGCCCUUCUUCCAUCGGGCGGCUGGAUGUUUUGCCCCUUGAGAUCCUCCAUGAUACGUUAAACAGCCUGGACUUUCGCACUCUGUCUCGCCUGUCAUAUGUCUCCAAGCGAGGCAGAAGCGUGGUCGAGAGCCUGCCCGCAUAUCGUGAGCUUAUGAAGCAUGCUCCAGAUACCCUCAAGGCACUCGGGAAGUCACAGCUUAUCAGCUUCCACCCGGCUGGCAGGCUACGUGCCGUUCUUAGAUCGGAAUCAUGCGUCUGGUGCGGCCAGUACGGGCCCUUCUUGUUCCUACCAACGUUGGACAGGUGCUGCUACGAGUGCCAGCGCUCUAACCCUUCUCUGUGGGUGAUGACCACCGACCUCGCUAGAUACUGCUUCAGCCUCACCACGACCCAGGUGAGGACGCUCCCUAUCAUGCGGAGCAUCUACGGGGUUUACGACGUCUCACACGAGCUCUCACGCCGCCGACGAUUGAAGCUGGUCAGCGUCAAGGCAGCCAAGGAGCUCUCUCAGUCUCUUCCUGAACCAGCUGUGCCGGUACCGCCUGGGAGGAGUCGUAUGCCCAACCUAGACCAUUUCCAGACUGCCCCCCUGGAACCAACACGCGACAAAGAGACAGGGGCGCUAGUACGCGCUCAGUAUUGCUCUCGGACAGACGAGUGCUGCGGCAUGGCGUCUAUCUGUUUCCCUUCUCUGCAGCCGGACAACUCCCGGGAGAACGGCCUUUGGUGUCGAGGAUGUUACCGGGCGUCUGAGCUGUACCGCUUCACUUAUGCAAUUUAUCGCGUUGUAAGCUUUGUCAACCCACCGAGGGCGCUGGUUGGUACAAACAUGUGUGCUCUGUCAAAGAGGGAGUUUCUGGAACAUAUUGAGCAGUGCCCGGGGGCCCGUGACCUACUGGCUGCUUUACGGAGGGGGAUGCGGAAUUAA